UCGCAGUGUGAGGAAGUGCGGCGCCAGCCUCGUAGCUGCAGCGCUGGCCGGAACCACCGGCCCGGCCCAAAAGGGAGCAGAUACCCGGGGCUCAGAAGAGUAGCCGGAAAUGGCGGACGAGGCGUUGUUUUUGCUUCUGCAUAACGAGAUGGUGUCGGGAGUAUACAAAUCCGCGGAGCAGGGGGAGGUGGAAAAUGGGCGGUGUAUAACUAAGCUGGAAAACAUGGGGUUUCGAGUGGGACAAGGAUUGAUAGAAAGGUUUACAAAAGAUACUGCAAGGUUCAAGGAUGAGUUAGACAUCAUGAAGUUCAUUUGUAAAGAUUUUUGGACCACAGUAUUCAAGAAACAAAUCGACAAUCUAAGGACAAAUCAUCAGGGCAUCUAUGUACUUCAGGACAACAAAUUUCGUCUGCUUACUCAGAUGUCUGCAGGAAAACAGUAUUUAGAACAUGCAUCUAAGUAUCUAGCAUUUACAUGUGGCUUAAUCAGAGGUGGCUUAUCCAAUUUGGGAAUAAAAAGUAUUGUAACUGCCGAAGUGUCUUCAAUGCCUGCUUGCAAAUUUCAGGUGAUGAUACAGAAACUAUAAGCAUACCGAAAUGCAAGACUUCCACAGUGUAAAAACAUAAGUUAUUCAUGUGUAAAUCAUUUCAAGUAACAGUGAUUUAAUUACAUUGUUGGAUAUUUGUACAGCAGUAAGAUUGUAUUUUAUCAAUUUAAUGUAGACCAAUUUAAAGUAGAUAAAGGGUCAUUCUACCAUGGGAUAAACUUUAAUGAAACUAUUCAAAAUGGACACUUGAUUUCAAAUAACUGGACACCAAAAUCGAUUUUAAAUAUUUUUUAUUAGAGUGGUAACCACAGAUGGAACUUGGGGUUUGUUGAAGUGGCAUAAAGAAGAAUAUGCACCAGUCAGGAUCAUUUGUGUUAAGAGUGACUGACAUUAGAUAAAGUGUGAAUUUAUUUUAGUUAUUUUAAAAAAGUAAACAGCAGUCUAAAUUAAGUUUAACUUUCAUUGCUUAUAAUUUAUUUUUAUGACUUUGUAAGGAUUUUAUGUAUACAUUGUAUGUAUAUGUGUGCAUAUAUAUGUAAAUAGAAAAUGGGGCCGGGGAUGUAACUCAGUGGCACAAGUGUGUGCCUGGCAAGUACAAGAUCCUGAGUUUGAUUUCUGGUACAAAAAACCCAAAAAACAAAAAUGACAUUAAAUUGCUUGAAAAUGUAAUUUCAUUUUAAUACAUUUUAGUCUGGAGAGUGCCAUCCAUGCAAUAAAAGUGAAAUAUAUUAAUUUAAAUGUCAAUUCAGUGAUUCGAGAGCCAAAGCCUAUUAGGUAUGUUGGGAGGAAUUUUUAAAUUUAUUUUUAAUUUAUGUUUUGGUAUUGGGGAUUGAAUCCAGCACCUUUGCAGUGAACUACAUCCCCAGCCCCUUUUUAUUUUUGUUUUGAGACAGAGUUCUGCUAAGUUUCUAGAUUGAUUACCCAGGGAUGGCCUCAAAGUUGUGAUCUUCCACCUUCAGCCUCCAGGUCUGGGAUUACAGGAGUGCACAGCACACCAUGCUUGACUUGUUACUUACCUAUGACUUUCAGCUUCUCCCCAUGCAUGAAGUCCUAGUGAAGGUUCUAAGAUUCUCUUAUUUACUCUUCCACAAAGGUAGAGGGUAGAUAAUUAGAUGAGUAUUCCUAGACUCAUAUCUUUUGUGGGUGGGUUCAGUGUUCAGCUGGUGUCUGUCUUAGCACCUCUUCCAUUACUUGCUUUAGUUAUUUGAUGUGAGAAGGUAUCUCUUAAGAUUUUGUGAGAACUCAGCAUUUUAGGGUAUCUGUUCUUUGACUUUUUUUUUUUUUUUUUUUUUGUCUUUUUCUUUUUUAUCGGUACCGGGGAUCGAACUCAUGACUGCCUGCUUGCAAGGCAGGCGCUUACGCCGCUGAGCUAAAUCCCCAGCCCCUUGUUCUUUGACUAUUGAAACUGUACUGUCUCAUUCAGUGAUAACCCUUGGGUAUAUAUUUAUCUGACAGCACUGUAGAAGUGGAUAACUGAAACCAAAAAAAAACUGGAUGAAGAUGGCAGAUUAAAGAAUGGCUAUUCAUAAUAAAAUGAACCGAAACUACGGUUGAUGCAGUGUCGGCUGGUCUUGAACUCACAGCUGUCCUCCUGUGUCAGCCUCAUGAGUGUACCACCACUCCUGGUUUGCAAAACAUUUUAUUGAAAACAUGAAGUAAAAAGUGUAAAAAAAAAUUUCUAGAGCUGGGUGUGCUGCCACACACCUGUAACCCAGUACUCAGGGGACUGAGGCAGGAGGUUCACCAUGAGUUCAAGGCCAGCGUGAACCACAUAGUGAGACCUUGUCUCAAAACAAAACAAAACAACACAACACAGUAAACUUUAGGACAUAAGACAAAAUCAAAUUCUAUUGAGUUAGAGGUACAGUGAAUCCCUAAUUUGCAAACAAGUUCUGUCUGGGAGAAUUAAGUCGCAAAUGAGUUGUGUAUACCUUUGACAUAUAUAUGCAGGGUAAAGCAUAAGAAAAUACGCACACACAAAUACGGUAAUCUGUGUUUACUUUUACAGUGUGGUAGGGUAUACUCGGCACGUAGGGGAUUGCGUGCAGUGUACUGGCGAGAGUUACUGAGGGGUGGGUAAGGUAGCAUCUUCUAUGAUGAUAAGAGGGUUACUGCUCAGAUGACAUUUUCUCAGCAUUGUAGACAAAACAGUCUGUCAAACCUUUGGUAGAACAGCAGAUGGGAGUGAAAUUCCCUCUUGCCCACAUCUCGUGUCCUGAUGACCCUUCAUCUCCACCAUCUCCGUCCUCAACUCCCUCUUCCAGUAAUAACUUUUUUUAUUUCAUUCUUUUAUUUAGCGAGACCUCUCGCUGUCCUCCAGUAGUAGCUAUUGCACUGUGCAGAAUGCACACAGCAGCACCCCUGGGGCAGCGUCCGGCAGACACUUGAGGUACUUCUGUGAAGGUUCAUGAGGCCAGGUCCAUCCCUAUUUGUGAAAGUUCACAACUUGAAUGCUCCUAAAUCAGGGAAUUAGUGUAUAUCAUUUUCCUUUCAUAGGAAGGAGCAGCAUUAUAAAAAGUUACUUUAAUUUAUUAAAGUAUUCUUAAUUCUCAGAUGAUUUUUUUGUUUUUUGUUUUUCUUUUUUUCCUUUUUGAGACAGGGUUUUGCUGCAUAGCGCAGGCUAGCCUCAAACUCAGUUAUCCUCCUGUCUUAGCUUCUGAAUGCUGGGAUUAUAGGUGUGUACCACUACACCCUGCAGUCUCAGAUGAUUUAGAACAGAUUUUUUUCAGAUUCUGAAAAAUUAUAUAAAUUCAGGAAAGACCCUACCAAAUAUAAAAAUAUGUAAAAUGUAGCAGUUAAAAAGGUCAUUAUGUCUGGGUGUGGUGGGACACGCCUAUCAUGCAGGCUGUAUUGGAGCCUGAGGCAGGAGCAGCUCAGGCUUGAAUCUAGUUUGGGAUUUAGUAAUUUAGUGAGAUUUUGUUUCAAAAUUAAGAAAAACAAAAAAGGACCGAGCGUGUAAUUAAUUGCAAAGAUCCUAGGUUCAGUUCCUCCCACUGCAAAAAAAGUAGGGAGAAGGGGGAAGGAAAGGGCGGGAGGGGUCAGAAGGGUUUUGGGUUUUCCUUUUCAGUACUAGGGAUUGACUGAAGGGGCUUCCAGGUGCUAAGAGAGUGCCGUACCACCAAACUAUAUGCCAUGCUUUUUUUGUAAUUUAUUUUGAGACAGGAUCUUGCCCAAUUGCCCAGAAUGGCCUUAAAUUUACAAUCCUGCCUCAGCCUCCUCUGUAGCAGGGAUUACAGGAAUGUACUACCAUGCACAAUUUGGAAAAUCUUAGUUGCUUUUAAAAAGAAAUAAAAUAGCCAGCCAGCAUGCCUGUAAUCCCAGCUAUUUAGCAGAGCUGAGGUGGAAGGAUUAUAGAUUGGGGGCAGUCCAGGGAAAAGCAACCCUACCUCAGCGUUUUGUUAUUAUUUGUCUUUUCGAGAUAGGGUUUCACUGUGGAGUUCAGGCUUGCUCUGAGCUCACUGUGCCCCAGGCAGGCCCUGCAGUGAUCCUCCUGCCUCAGCCUCCUGAGUGUUAGGAUUACAGGUGUGUACCACCAUGCCCAGCUAAAAGUUUUAAAACGUGCUCAGCAUAUAGCUGUGACAGGUCACUUGCUAGGAUGAUGAUCCCAGCUUAAACUCUCAGUAUUAGGGGAGAGCAGUGGUAGAGCACUUGGCCUGACAUGCAUCAUGCCCUGGGUUCAAGCAUCCCAAUCCUGAGGGAGGAGAAAAGAAAAAGAUACAAGAUAGGGAUUUGUCCCUUUCUCUUUAGUGCGUGUAUAUGAUGGUGAAUGUUUGGAGGUAAUCUGCAACAGACUUCUGAUGACCCUAAAAAAACAUAUGAAGAUGAAAGCCAUCACACUGAGAAUAGCAGCCACAAAGCACCUCAGUGGUGCUUCUUGAUAACCAGUCUUGGCACCACUCCCCUAUGGAAUUUUUUUUUUUCUUUUUCACCUAUGGAAUUUUUAAAAUGUGAGAUACUAAGUUCCCUAUGUUACGGGCAACCUUGAUUGUCAACUUGUUUGACUUGAGAUGGCUGGAUCAGAACAGUGCCCUCCUGGGUGUUACCUGGGUAGGUUUUUAGCAUGACCUGGGGGCCACAUAUCCCUUACCUCCUUCGCCUUGGGUUCUCUCUCAUUUUGCUUCCUGGGCGUCAUACUGGGGCAGCUUUCCUCUGCCACAGCCUUCAUGAUGAUUCUGGCUUGGAGCCAGCAGACCUGGACAGAACUCUUAAAACCAUUAGUAAAAUAAGCCUUUCCUGCUGGUAAUUCGACGUGUCAGCAGGCAUUUUGUUUCAGUAACACAAAAAUAACUGUACCAUUCUAUCCAUUUUAGGGAUAUGUAUUUUGUUACUUAAAGCCAUAAGAAACCUCUCAGUAGAUACAAGGGGGAAAUUAGGUUUUCCAAGAAAUGACAUAUUUUUAAGGGGAAGACAAAAGUUUACAUGUAAAGCAAUAAAAUCACAAAGAACUACAGAUGUGGUAGUGUAUGCUUAUAAUCCAGGUUUGAGUAUUGGAAGUUUUAGGCCAGGCUGGCAUAUGUAGUGAGAUUUUGUCUCAAAAAACCAAAUAAAUGAAUAAAAUCAUAAAGUACUAAAGAAAAUGAUUUAAGAUCUUAUGGUAAGGAAGGCCUUUGCAACACACAAAAGUAGAAAAGCAAAGGAAAAUAGCAAAAAACAAAACGACCUAAAAUUGGGAUUUUGGGAAAGACUGAAUACACAAAUGCAGAAGAAUGACAGGAGACCACUAUUGACGCUGUACAGACAAAUCAGCUUAAAAUGAACUGCAGAUGCUAGCUGGGCCCGGUGGACAGGCCUGCGCAUGUUGGCACUCUGGGAGGCGAGGCGGGAAGCUUACAAUCCAAGCCAGCCUGGGCAGUUUAUGUUUUUGUUUAUUUUUUAUGUUUCUUAGCACAUUUGUGCUAUAUACCGGUUACAUUCCCUGUGAGGGGUUGGUACGUGCAUGUGAAAUACUAAUUUCUACUACUUCCCCUGCUCCCUUCCCUCCCCUCACCCAGCUCUACUUCUCCUUGCCAUUUGCACGCGGAUCUUCCUUCCUAGAAGACAUUAUCUUUUAAUUUGCCCCUUAUUUAUGCUUUGAGUUUCUCAUGUAAAAGAAACUUUAUGAUGUUCAAA